AUGAAAGUCGUUCAGGGUUAUAGAACGAAUGGAGGAGGUAGAGCGAGGAAAAUCGAGGGGUGGAAGGGUUUCCACGCAGACGCCAUGAGAUUUUAUUCUACGCCACGGGCGUAUGGAUCGGUAUCGAGGUGGCUGCCCCCGCAUACCUCGAGGCAAACCCGGGGUGCGGACAGUUGCUCGUCGCACGUGUGCACGCGACCCCAUGUCAAUAAAACGUGCGUCCGUGUGUGUGCCGUCAGCACACGCGUCCUCGUGUUCCUCAUCGGUAGUUUGGCGCUUCUGAAAAAGAAAGAACGAACGUCCAACGUAAGUUUGAUCGAACGGAGAGAAUAUAAAUAAUCCAUCUUCUUUGUUUGAAGAGUUCUUUGUUUGAAGUGAUUUCUGGCUUGUUCGGAGUUUAAGUGAUUGUGUGUGAUAAUUGUUAAAUGGUUUCAGACUAUGGGUGAAAAGUAUCUUGAAGUUUCAGGUGGUUUUCAAUUACACUUGAAAAUAUAUAGAAUUUAAGGGUGAUCUUGGAUUAUGGUUGACAGUACCGUGA